AUGUUAGAUUCAUGGCUUAAACAAGAGUCAUUUAAUGUUUAUAUUUAUUCGCAGUUGUUGCAAAUGGUGAUUGUAAUGACAGUAGUGGUAAUGUGCUCAUUGAGAAAGGGUGAAGAGAAAAAUUUAACAAAAGCUUCGAAAAUUGUUUCCAUGCCUGAAGUACGGAAGUUCAAAUUAGACUUGUCCGAGAAACAGCAGCAAGAAGUGGACGUAGAUUUGGAUGCACAGUUAGACGAUAUUGGGUGCGAGACACCAGCAACACCGGAAGGAACGCCAGAAGUGGUUUCCACCGAUGCUCUGCAGAAAACUAAACGAAAAGAUGAAGGAUAUAAAGAAGAAGCCAAAAAAGAAGAAUCAACGCAAAGCAGUUUGAAAAAGCGCAGGAAACCAAGAAGAAGCAUACACAGCCAAUCAGGCUCGAAAAUUACAAAAGAAUUACAAGAGAAGCAAUGGGAACAACCUACUGGAGAAAAUGAAAGUGUCAAACCAGCAAUUCAAAUAGAUCAGAAUAAGCCGAGAACCAAUCCAACACAGACAGAAGCCUCAAAAUCAAUCAAAAUAUGA